GUCAUGAAGACCCAGACGGUGCCGACGUGGAACGGCGGCGCCGGUACAUGGGAGAAGUACCAGCAGGACGUGAUGAACUACGUGGACGGCACGAAGUGGGAGGACAGGUACCUGUGCGGCCCCAGGUUGGUCGCUCGACUGACCGGUGCAGCGGCGACGGCCUGCAUCGGCCGGCCUCGCGGGUGGUUGUCCAACAGCUGGGGUGCCGACUACCUGCUGGAGUACUUACAGAAGAACGUGAUGCGACAGCCGGUCGAAGACGUCGGGCACUACAUGGAGGAGUAUUUCGUGAAGCUUCGCCGUCGGCGCGGCGAGGGCAUGGCCGAGUACUGCUUGCGAGUGCACGAGAGCUACCAGCGUCUUCGAGUGGCUCUGGCGAGAAUGGUCAGGAAGGACGCUAAGGAUCAGAUCAUGCCGGACACCCCGAACACCCAGGGGAUGCCUCUUGGCACCGCGUCGAGAAUGGAGAGGGCAUUCUCGAGGGCGAUGAGGAGGCACCUGAAGUGCAGGACUGGCAAGUUCCCGAAACUCAGCGGUGGCAAGGACGUCAGGCGUGGCAAGGCCAAGGCGGAUGGCAAGACGGGUGGCCUGGACGGCGGCGAGAUAGCAGCGGUGAUCGGCUCAUGUCGGGGCGAUUUCACGGCCGACAACGUUGAGAGCGCUCUCAGGACACAGUGGCCCAGCGACGAGAACCUGAAGGACAGGGACUACCGCAAGUCGAAGUUCAUUCGGCAGCAGGUGGCGGCAGCGGCGUUCUACGGGGACGAUGCUCAGACCUGGAGCGACAGCGACGAAAGGGACAGUGCGCUGGCGGCAGCGUCGACUACGGAAGGCGAGGAAGAAGGCGUCGACGACGAGGCCUACGCGACGGCGAUCACCGAGGAGGAGGAAGCUUACGCACAGUUCCAGGCGAGCCAGAAGCGGCUCCAGGACGCGCGGCAGCAGAUCAACAGGCAUCGCACGGGCAGGAAGUUCUUCGGCUCCGGAGGGGGCCAGCGAAGUGACGGACGUCAGGGGCCAUGCCUGAAGUGCGGAGGUGCUCAUCGCACCGGGAGCUGCCCGGACAAGGCGGACCCCAAGUUGGGCCAGGGCCGACCAGCACCGGGCCGAGGCGGCGGCGACGGCGGCGGCAGGCUCCAGGGCCUCAUUUUGAUGGUGGAGUCCGACGCCAGCGUAGAUAGCCAGACCGUGCUGGAGGCGGAAGAGCUCGGAAACACGGUGGACUUCGACGACCCCGAGAUCAGGAUGUCGUACAUCGUCGAGAGGACCACGGAGACCGGGCACGGGAUCAUGGACUGCGGCGCCACGAAGACAAUUGGCGGCAUCGAGGCGGUGGAGACUCUCAACGAGAUCUUGAUCUCUCGAGGACACCCGCCGAUGGAGGUGAACCUGCAGGAUCGGCCCGUCUACAAGUUCGGCAACGGGGAGGUCAAGCGUGUCUUGUGCCGGGUCAAGUUUACCCUUUUGGUGCAGGGGACGUAUGUGUCGUUUUUCGUGCACGCGAUCGACGCCAAGGGGAUUCCCAUUCUCGUGUCGAUCGAGACUCUGAACAACUUGGGGGCCAUCGUGGAUUUCGAGGCGGCCUGUGGCAUUUUCAAAAGGGUCGACCCGUCCAAGAUGAUAUCCUUCCCCAGGUCCCGUACUGGCCACCUACUGAUUGACCUGACGUGCGACCUGCUCGGUGGGACGAACAUCGAGAGACCAGCAGACUGCAUCCUGAGCACAUACGGGCUCCACGGGGACAUCAAGUUCCUCACUGGGGCCUUGCAGGGCCUCACAGAGUACCUCUACGGGAUCUCCAAGGGCGCCUACGGGUCCACCGAGCACCACUACGGGAUCUCACAGAGCCUCUACGGGGUCCCAGAGUAG